UAGGUUUAACAUGAAAACAAUGAUAAGGAAAGUGAUAACAGUAAUAUCAAAUACUAGUAAACUACAGUAUACAUGUAUAAUUUAAGAUUAUGUGAUUGUGUAGGACCAAUUGCCACAUAAUAACGUAAAACAAAAGUUGAUACUGUUUUCAAUAACUCAUCAUAUUAUAUGAAAAAAUACUUUUAAAAGAUCCAAGUUCAUAGCAUGUCUAAUAAGGACUCUAUUGACUCUAAGAUAUGGCUGAUAAAAUUCUGCAUAAAAUUACUGUAUCCAAAGUUGAAUGUGCAUAUAUUUCUAAUAUAUCUUGCUAUCAAAUAUAGAUAUUAUUAUAACAAAGGUUAUCUGAUUGCUAAGAAUAUGAAUAAAUACGCGAUCAAAACAAUUCCGAAAAAUGUUAUAUUAUUUCUUUUAAAGGAUCACAUUAAAGAAGAAAACCUCUCCAUACUUUUACAUAAAUGUAUUAUAAUUCCCUAUGAACAAUUUAUUCAAUUGAGUGUUGAAAACUUCUUUUACAAUGACAAUGGUGUUUUAUGGAUUACAAUGAAAGCAACACCAGAACAGAAAAGAAAACUAACUGAUAAAAAGGACAAAACCAGCUCAAAAUAUAAUCUUAACUUUUUUACAUCAGAAAUUCAUAAAAAGUUAUGGAGUGAAUGUAAAAUUGAAAGUGAGAGAAUAGUGCCCAUUAUUGGAUCAAAUUUAGUAAAAAAAAAUGUGGCAUACACAAAUGAAGAUGAAUAUUUAAAUAUAAUAUCAACAUUUGGACUAGAUAACAGCUCAGAUAUUGAAGUCUCAUUGCACCCAUUAAGUUCCUUUGAUUACUCCCCAAAAAUAGCAGCAAGUGCUGAAGUUAAUCUUAUUGUGAAUGAAUAUGAUAUUGGAAAUGAUUUUUUAAAAGAAGUAUUAAGUAACCACUUUGAAAUUCCUAAGAUUGCAAGUGAAAAUGACAUCAUCUCAAUAGACCUCACACCUCAAAUAAUAUCAAAAUACAACUACAAAUAUUUAGAUCUAAUUGAAUCCACUAGAAAACUGUAUUUUAAAUGUAAAAAAUUACUAGGAGAUAAAGUAAAUGGUGAAUGUCAAACUAAUAAUAAUAUAGUACCAUCAUAUUAUAUUAUAAAAGGUGUGACACAAUUGACUUUGGGAGAAAAUAUUCAUGCUCUCAAAACAAAGAAUAAGUUUUAUGAAGUUGAUCCAGCAAUAAACACACUCAGCUUACCUCUGUGUCCUGCUGGACUUAGAGAUAGAUUUUAUCAGUUACAAGAAGCCAUUGAACCAUUCUUAACUGGAGACAUAGAAGAAUUAUCCAGUUCUUUGUCAAUUCCAAUAAUUCCAAUGCUACUAUUAACUGGAUCAAUUGGAUCUGGUAGACAUCUGCUUGUGAAAUCUUUGGCUAAAUAUAAUGGUCUUAACUAUCUACAAAUAGAUUGCAGCUCUUUACAAAAUUCGACGGCUAAACAAACAGAAAGCAAAAUAAAUUCAAUGAUACAAAAAGCCAAAGCAGCCGCUCCUUUAAUAGUUUUAAUGGAUAAUUUUGAUGUCUUUGCUGUUGACGCAGAGAAUAAUGAAGACUUCAGGGUGAUGGAAUAUUUCACUAACACAUUAACAGAUUUAUUUGAAAAUUACACAAAGCAUCCAAUUAUAUUUAUAGCAUUAACAGAAAAAAUUGACUUAAAACCAAACAUAAUGAGGAUUUUCCUUGAAAAAAUACACAUACCAAAAUUAAAUCUACAACAGAGGUUUGAUAUGUUAAAAUGGUAUGCAUCUGUUAUGAACUUAAACUUAAAUGAUACAGAUACACAAAAAACAAAUAUUAAUAUAAUCGAUGGUGAUAACACAGAGGAACAUUGUUUAAGCAAUUUAAUGAAAGAUAUUCUGUACAGAGUUGCAUCAAAAACUGAGACAUUUGUCCAUGGGGACUUGGAUACACUCAUGCACUUUGCUCUCAGAGAAUCCUACUUGAAGCAAACUAAUUGUCCUACACAAAUAUCUCGAGACCCUAAUUUGUGUCUUAUUCAGGAGGAAGAUUUCAAUAAUGCAUUAGAGUCAAUAAGAAGCCUACAGAGUCAACAUUUAGAUGCACCGAAAAUACCGAAAGUAUACUGGGAGGACAUCGGUGGCUUAGAGAAACUCAAGAAAGAAUUGUUGAAGACAAUAGAAUUUCCAAUUAAAUUUCCUCAUCUAUUUAAAAAUUCGUCACUAAAAAGAUCUGGUAUUUUACUCUAUGGACCGCCAGGUUGUGGUAAAACAUUAGUAGCAAAGGCAGUCAGCACUGAACUGAAUGUGAGCUUUAUGAGUGUAAAGGGCCCGGAGUUGCUUAACAUGUAUAUUGGACAAUCUGAAGAAAAUGUUAGAAAAGUUUUUGAAGCGGCGCGUGCAUCUUCGCCAUGCAUAGUGUUCUUGGACGAGUUGGACGCACUGGCCCCCCGGCGGGGUGCAGCGGGGGACUCAGGAGGGGCCAGCGACAGAGUUGUUAGUCAACUUCUCGCUGAAGUAGAUGGUGUUGCCAGUGGGGAAGACGCAGAAACGUCAAAUUUUGUAUUUAUAAUGGGAGCUACUAACAGACCAGAUUUGUUAGAACAGUCACUGCUACGUCCCGGACGUCUCGACAAACUUAUAUAUGUUGGUCCAUACACGGGCUUAAGAGAAAAGACAUCUGUUCUACAAGCACUGUGUAGAAGUUAUAAAUUAAGGCCCGAAGUGAAUUUGGAAGACGUAGCUGAGGCGUUGCCAGUACGUUGCACGGGCGCAGAUCUAAUGCAAGUAGUGUCCACUGCGCGAUCCGCAGCUGUGCGUGGACUUGUAGAUAAAUUAAACAGUGGGCACGUCAAAGAAAGUGAACUAAGCAGUGAUUCAGUAAUAAUAGGCGUAUCCGAGCUUUGGCAUGGAGUAGAAUCAUUUAGGCCAUCUGUUACUGAAGAAGAAUUAGCGUAUUAUGAGUCUCUACAGUCACAAAUGUAACAUAUAUAUAUAUAAGAACCGAGACCAAAAAAUUAAAAGUAUUGUAUCAUUAAAUAAAGAUUUCUUCCAAGCUAUCGAUAUAAAAGGGUAAUCAUGUCAUAUAGCUAGUACUGAGGUAAAUGUGGU